AUGAAAACACGUACUAAAUUUGAUUUAAAUAAUACAUCAACAGCUGCUCUUCAUUUUACAUCUUGUCGUCGAAAAUCAGCAAAACAAAAACAAGAAUCAUCUAUUUCUCUAAAAUCAAAUUCUUUAUCUACUUCUGAUAGUUUUCAUCAAUAUUCAAAAUUAUUUCCGAUAAUGUCCGAAUUAGAUGAUCUUUUGGAAUUAGAACAAAUAAAACUUAAACAAUUACAACUUGAAACUAAAAUUUCAUCAAAAAUUCCUAUAUUUAAAUCAUCACAAGAAUCUAAUGUUACUGAUGAUGGAAAUGCUAAUCAAUGGUUUUUACACAUUGAUGCAAAAUUUUCUGAAUUACAAUUAUUAUUCCAAGAUCGAAUUGAAAUUUUGUCAUAUUUUUUCAUUGCUGAAACAAUUAUUUGGUACAGUUUAAAUAAAAAUAAAAUACGACGCUAUACUGAUUUUUGUCAAUCAUUUGCACUUGAAUAUUUUCCAAAAGAAUAUUCAAUCGAUUGUUGUACUUCAGUGGAACAAAAGAAUAAUUCAUCAUCAUUACCUUCACCUGUUGUUGUUAAUGAACAUUUCGUUCACUAUCCUAUCGGUGGUGCAAAUGUUAAAAUAACAUCAUCUGAUUCAAAAAGUGUUCUUUCAUCUACAUCUAUUUUAACUCCAAUUAUAUCUAAAGCAUUGAUCGAUCGGUUCGUUAAAGAUCCUAUUAAAUUCUAUGGAGAAAAAGAUAAUGUAAUUACCUGGCUUGAUGAAAUCGAACAAUAA